CCUCCCUCUGAAUUCCCUUCCUGCAAAGGGAGCUGGCGGUGGCUUUUGUGUCUGAAGUGCCGUAGGGAUCUGGUGAGGCUUCUCCGCUUUCUUCCAUAGCAUGCAUUGGGGAGAAAGGGGGUGUCCCAGGGCUGCAGGGGGAGCAUGCAUGAGGGGGGUUGUUCAGCUAAUACUUGGGGGGGCAGCCAUCCAGCCACCACCCCCAAAUCAGGGAGCAGAAGUACCCCCCCUCUCUGCAAUGCCGGGGGGGGGGCGAGUUUGCAAUAGGUCUUGCACCUCUAGUCUCCCUUUGCCACUUUGGGGAGGGGGGGUCUUUAAGGCGGGGGAGGGGGAAGGGAAUGCAAACAAACCACAUUUGGGAAUAAGUCGCAUCGGUAGCAGAGGUUGCAGCCGGGCAUAGAAUAUAAGUUUUAAAAAAUUAAAAAUGAAUACCUGACCUAUAGAAAUGAGAAGAAAUCAUGGCCGUUGGGAAAUGGAGGAACUGUGGAACUCGCGGCUGCAGGAGUCUUAAGAUGGGUAGCAACCGUGCUUCUGACCAGCAGUUGCUGGGUGGAGAAAAUAAUAAUACCCUCCAACAUUUCUCCCGUGAAAAUAGGGAUGCCCUGUUCCUGUUCCUGUUUUAUUUUAACCCCAACAAUUCCCAGGGUUCCUUGGCAAGAAGGAUUGAUUGUUAAACCAACCUAGGGAUGGCAGCCGUGUAACUGGAAUGCAUGUGUGGGUCAGGGUGGGUGUGUCCUAGCAACGCACUGCAUCCUUAAACUAUGGGUACCAGGAUCCUUUGGAGGGCGCCAUGACUCUUUAAAAUAUAUAGUGCAGACGAGGCCUGUAUAUUUGUUUUCUUGAGGUUCCCCCCCCCCCAUGCUGUAAAGUGUGUGUGGUUACUUAUGCAAAAACCUCAAAGGGGGGGGGUAGCCUGCAAAUUCCAACAGGCGCCCCCACCCCACUUUUUUGAGGCUCUAUGUGUGUAUUAUUGAGGCAUUUCCCCCCACGUUCGAGGCUUUAUGUUAUUGAUGUUGAGGUUGUUAUUAUUGCCAUGGGCAUAGGCCUGGGGGGGCAACUGCCCCUCCUGAUCAAUUAAAUAAAUAAAAACACUUAACUAAAAGUAGAAAGCUUUUGACCGAUUUUUCUGAGCACUUGGGGUCAACAGAAAGUAAUUUAAAACAACUGUUGUCAAGACAUUUCAUUCCGAUUCUGCUAGGCAGAGCCAGACAGAGGAUGAUGUCAACAUAUAUGGCUGGGGGGUGUAAUAUUAUUAUUAUUAUUAUUACUAGUAGUAGUAUUAUUGUUAUCAUUAUUAUUAUUAUUAUUACUAUUAAACCACCCUUCACCCUAAGUUCCAUGGGCAAGUUACAACAUGAAAACACAACUUAUUAUUUAUUGAAUUUAUAUACCACCCUAUACCCAGGGGUCUCAGGGUGGUUCACAGAAUAAAAUCAAGAUAUAAAACCGCAAAAUAAAAACAAAAACAACCCAAUUCCCUCCCCCUCAGAAAACACAUUUUAAAAUGGUAUAGGAUGUAAAUCAGAUCAACCAAAGGCGUCUAAAGGUGUAUAAUGAAGACACCAGGCGAACUUCCCUGGGGAGAGCAUUCCACAGACGGGGAGCCACUGCAGAGAAGGCCCUGUUCUCAUGUCACCACCCUUUGAACCUCUUGAGGAGAAGACACACAAAGAAGGGCCUCAGAAGUUUAUCUUGGGGUGCGGGUAGGUUCAUAUGGAAAGAGUCCUUGAGGUAUUGUAUUAUUAUUAUUAUUAUUAUUAUUAUUAUUUUAUGCCAUCCAUCUGACUGGGUUGCCCCAGCCACACUGGGCAGCUUCCAGUUUAAAACAACUUACAGUCACAGAGUCUGAGCUGGUACAGUCUAGCCCUGGUUCCUGCUUGCUCAGGAAACAUUUUGCUUCUCCUGACAGUGUUUUAAGUUUUACAACAGAAUUAUGUAUUUGCUCUGUAGGUUUGGACAGACAGAACUUGGCAUAAGACAAAGGGAUUCCUUCAGAUCCUUUGGAGGUUUCCUGAGAGCCCAUAUGGAUGAACAAGACUCAGCUGGCCCUGAAGCAGGAAGGGGCAGUGCCAUCCAAACUGGGAACAGUGGGGGAUUCUGGGAAAACUCUGUGCAGAAGAUCCUAGGUGAGGAGGACACCCCCAGCUCAAAUGCCCAGAGCCAGCAGUUCAGGCAAUUCUGCUACCAGGAGGCCGAGGGACCCCGAGACGUUUGCAGCCGACUCUACCACCUUUACCACCAAUGGCUGAAGCCAGAAAGGCAUACGAAAGCUCAGAUGCUGGACCUGGUGAUCUUGGAGCAGUUCUUGGCUAUCCUUCCACCAGAGAUGGAGAGCUGGGUGAGGGAAUGUGGAGCGGAGACCAGUUCCCAGGCGGUGGCCCUGGCCGAAGGUUUCCUCCUGAGUCAAGCUGAGCAGCAGGUGAGAGGGACUUUCCUCUGGAUAAUCCCAAGGGGCUCAGAACAUGAGGGAGAAUCUCCCAAAAUUCUCUACUAAUUGCCCAUCCCUUUUUUGAAAAGCAUCCUGAUACCCUUAAAGUUUUUGCCUCUGCCGGUGUUUUUCUAAUCCUUCUCCCCAUUCUUUGUUUUGAAUCCUUGUUGCUCUUACAGAAAAAGGAUCUGUUUGCAGAAAUGGGCACUGGCUACUCUGAGGUGAAGAAGACUCAGUUGGAAACCAGAGAAAGGCCACCGGGUAAGGAUGAAUUCUUUUUUCUCUCUCCAUUUGGUCACAUCCUGUUGAUUUUGAAACUAAUCUGUGAGUCCUUUUCAUAGCUGUCAACUUUUCCCUUUUCUUGCGAGGAAUCCUAUUCGGAAUAAGGGAAUUUCCCUUUAAAAAAGGGAAACGUUGACUAUGAUCUUUUACGCUUGGGUCCGAAAGCCCACGGGAGGAGAGAUGUAUUUUUACACAACUGGGUGUAAACAUGCACAUGCAGUCAGCAGGUGAGACUGUUUCAAAGGCCCACCUGUAGUUAGAGAUGCACUGCUUAACCUCUGAGAGAACGGCUUCCCAAAUUACCUUUGUCUCUCGCAGGUGACAGAAUGAUGCCAGCAAGACCUCCUCAUCCAUCAUUUCAUGGUAGCCGAGGGGAAGCAGCGGCUGUGGAACCAGAUCAGGUAAGAGGAAGGAGCAUUGUGGGGAAAGAGGCUGAAGAGAGGAGCAGUUGUGUGCCUCUGGGCUGGAACGAAUUUCUCUCCUCCUCUUUGCUUCUGUCAAAGCUGCCCUUAACAAAAGCUGGAAAAGCUAUUCAAUAAGGUUUAUGUGCUGAGAAUAACAGCCGCCCCACCUUAACUAGCCUUCUGAAUAUCAUUAGCAUCAUUUAUCGGUACUUGGAGUUUUAUUUAUAUAUUCAUUGUUUGAUGCUAAAAUAGGCUUCUAAGUAGUUUGCAAACCACAGCAAACAGCAUCCAGGAUUCACCUAACCACCCCAUCAGUUGCACCAUAGGACUUUCGCCAUUUCACUCCACCCCCCCCCUUAUGCCCCUUGAAGUUGGCUUUCGGGCACCCCCCCCCAAAAAAAAACCGGCAUUUGGAGAGAGUGGAGAGGGGAUGCUUCCAUCUUGCAAACUUGAAUGCCCACGCAGACAGAAUGAUUUGGAGAGCAGACUGUUGAGUUCCACCCAUUUAUACAACGAUUAAUGCCCACCAUUAAAACGCACAACAAAAAAAAUCUCAUUAAAACAUUAAAAUAAGCAUGCAUAAUUAAAAUGUGCAGCAAAACAAUUCCAUUAAAACAACAAACUAUAUAUAUAUAUAGUGUGUGUAUAUAUAUAGAGAGAGAGAGAGGGAGAGAGUUUGUUGUUUUAAUAAUAUUUUCUGUUUUGCAAUUUAAAAUACUCAUUUUUACAUCCUUAAGCACGUCAAAGUGCAAGUAGAUACCGCUCCAUCGGGAAGGUAAACGAUAUUUCCAUGCACUGCUCUGAUUUCACCAGAAGCGGCUUAAUCAUGCUGGCCACAUGACAAACGACAGCUCCCUCGGCCAGUAAAGCAAGAUGAGCACCGCAACCCCAGAGUCGUUUGUGACUGGACUUAACUGUCAGUGGUCCUUUACCUUUAAGAUAUCAAUGACUUCCCUUGUAGUCUUUCCAUGGUUCAUAUCACAUAUCAUAAAUCGCUGCAUGUUUUACAAAAACUAUACCAUUCGGUAUUCCAUUAUUGCAUCCAUCAAAGCUUAUUUACACUGUUGAAUUUAUCUUAAUGCUGCCGGUGUUUUCAGCUGUAAACAAUUAUUUCCCAUAUGUUCAAUAAACGUUUUCCUAUCUUCUCCAAACGUAUGUUCUUCUUGUCUUAUUCUGUAUGUUAAGUCUGCAAGCUGCGCAUAUUCUGUCAACAACAAACAAUUAACAGGCAGAAAACAACAGAGCAAUGUGUAAAUAAUAUUUAUGCUGUCUAAGAGAAGAACAUUUUUCUUUUUCUUUAGGGUCCAGUUUGCUUUGAAGAGGUAGCAGUUUAUUUCACAGAUGAGGAGUGGGCGUUGCUGGAUGCUGACCAGAGAGCUCUGCAUAACGAAGUCAUGGAGGAAAACUGUGGGAUCAUGGCUUUUCUGAGUAAGGCUCCCUGUUGGAUGAUAAUCUCUUUUUUGAAAUUCAGUACCUAUCUGUGAUGAUCCUCCAAUAUUUUGAUGUAGCUCAACUGCACAUCUGGGGUUCUUACACCCAACAGAUAACCUUGAAUGGACAGUAUCUGUUGUUUUGACUGUGAAUAAUCUUUCUCCAGUUUUGCCAUUUUGAACAAUGAUCAGGCUGGUCUGAACUGCCCAGGCCUUUUUAAAUGUAAGCUUCAGAGUUGUUAGGGAAGCUGGAAGUAGAUUCUGUCAGGUUUGUUGUUUUUUAUUUUUGCUUCUGUCAGUUUUUGGUUGGCCAAAGAGACUACUGACACCAGAGAUGGACUGGAUUCCGUGACUGGGCCAAACAAAAUCCAUCACAUAAAAGAGCCAGGUUUCUCGAAUCUCAUGUUCCCAUAAAUAUGUUGCGAUUCAACAAAGGCAGUGAACCCUGUAGUAAGACCACACAUCAAACUCCCUACUAUUCUUCUAUCACAAAUGUUAAUUAGCAUUGUUCAAUAAUUUGGGGGCCUAUUUCUUCCUGAGGCUCUGAUCCGUUUCUUUCUUUAUUUACAGGUGGUGAUAAACCGGAAAUUAAGAACAAGGGAGACAACAACAAAAUCCCUUAUGAACGUUUGGAGUGUAGAGAUGGCUUCAGUCAGAGGUUUCAUUCCACUUCCCAUCAAAGAAAUCCCACUGGGAAGAAAUUAUAUCAAUGCUCAGAAUGUGGAAAGAGCUUCAGUCAGAGCUCAAAUCUCACUUCCCAUCAAAGAAUCCAUACUGGAGAGAAACCCUAUCAGUGCUUGGAAUGUGGGAAGAGCUUCAGUCGGAACUCGCACCUCACGUCCCAUCAAAGAAUCCACACCAAGGAGAAGCCAUAUUACUGCUUGGAAUGUGGAAAGAGCUUCACUCGAAACUCGAAUCUCACUUUACAUGAAAGGAUUCACAGAGGGGAGGAACCAUUUAAAUGUCUGGAAUGUGGAAAUAGCUUCAAUUCCAAGAGAAGUCUCACUUCCCAUCAAAGAGUUCAUAGUGGGAAGAAACCGUAUCAGUGCUUAGAAUGUGGAAAGUGCUUCACCUGGAAGGAAAGUCUCACUUCCCAUCAAAGAAUUCAUACAGGGGAGAAACCAUAUCAGUGCUUGGAAUGUGGGAAGAGCUUUAAUACAAGCACAAACUUCCGUCGACAUCAGAGAAUUCAUAGUGGGGAGAAGCCAUAUCAGUGCUUGGAAUGUGGGAAAUGCUUUAAUACAAGCACAAACUUCCAUAGUCAUCAAAGUAUUCACCGUGGGGAGAAACCAUUUCAGUGUCAAGAGUGUGGGAAAAGUUUCAGUCGGAAGGAAAGUCUCACUUCCCACCAAAGAAUCCAUACUGGCGAGAAGCCGUAUCAGUGCAUGGAAUGCGGAAAGAGCUUCAGCCAGAGCUCCAAUCUCACUUCCCAUCAAAGAACUCACAGUGGGGAGAAACCAUAUCAAUGGCUGUAUACAAAUUUAUUUUUAGGAGAUUUUAUUUAGUACACGGGUGAGGAUUGCAAUAGGAUCUCAUCAUUUGCCAAUGGAGCGAAAAAGUUGCUGCUGUUUCUCAAAACCAUGAACUGCAUUUUCAGUGCCCAGUAUUACUUCAUUUCAAAUAAUAAUAAUAAUAAUAAUAAUAUUUUAUUUAUAGCCCGCCCUCCCCAGCCAAAGCCAGACUCAGAACGGCUAACAACAGCUCUGUGAGGUACAUGUCAUUGGCCAAGGGGUUGAAUACCUUCUUCAUGUCUGGAGAGAGGAUAAAGAGAGAUUCAGCAACACUGAUGAGGUAGCCAUCAACGCAGGGGUUUUCUUUGGCCCCUUUGCGAAUUAAGGUGCUCCUGAUCGCCACCAUCAUCUCAGCAUGUCUAGGAUGGUGGUAGCAUCAGAUUGUGGCUCCUCCUCAUGUCUGCUGAACACACAGGACAUCUGCCAGAAAAGCCACAAGUUUGAGGUUUUCCUCUGUAAGAAGGUAAAGGAAAGGAGUCCCAUUAGGAAGAAAGAGUCCUCUGUUCAUCAUACCUCAGAGGUGGUUGGGUUCAACAGCAAGCAAUGUUUAUUUCCUUCAGCAACUCCAGUUAUCAUCUGCACCUGUAUGAUACAUGGAAGAAGGCUCAGAUUGAACCAAGAUUCUGAAUAACAUGGCUCAGCCCAGUGCCAGCGUCUUACACCUUAUUCCAUGCCACAUGGACAGAGCACCAGAUCUUCGCCAGUGGGGGAUUUUUGUCACUGUCUCACAUAUUUUCCUUGAACAGCUGACACUGUUCUACUUCCUCCCCGGUGUUAACUGAGAUUCAGUCAGUUAUAACAGUCGGCAUGUUUUUGAAAGCAUGUCUCCAGUCAAGGCCUUGCGACCCUCUUCACCGGAGGCCUUGCACCCCACAGAUUGUCGAGUCUCACAUGACCAAGAAGGCUUGUUGUUCUUCCUCAAGAUGAGUAUCCUACCUACCAAUCUGUCACCUUUCGGACCUUUCCCCUCAGCUAUUAUUGAAUGCAAAUGUAACAUAAAAUGUACUGUAAAAUGUACAUUGAUGUUGUAAAUAUGUUGUUUACAAAUAGUGUUGCGGUAUACUGGGGUGUGAUGCCCUCAUGCGCCCCCCCCCUCCCCCGGCUCCCAAGGAUCCUGAGUAGAGAAUGAAGUCUCCAGAGAUUCCUGAUGAUCCCUGUUCGCAGAGCGAGUUGGAGUUCUUGUGAUAGGAUCACUUCGUAGCUGAAAUUCCUCUCUGCCUAUUGAUGUCAGGCAGGCAGUUUUGCUGUACUCUUUUCGGCACCAGCUUAACGUAUGUUUGUUCAGGCAAACCUUUCCAGAUGCAUGGAUGUUGAUGUGUUUCAAUCUUAUAUUGUUAAUGUUAACAUUUUCACGGUUUUAACUUUGCUGUUUAAUUUAAAUGUUUUUGAAUGUUUUCAACGUUUUUUAAUUGAUAGCUUUGACACUUCUGGUAAACUGCCUAAGAGGUUUUGUUACCAUCCGGUGGCAUAUCAGGUUUUGUUAAAUAUAAAUAAAUAAAAACCACCCACUCCAAUGUGUGUAUAGGGGAAGGGCUUAGAAACCUGUUUUGUUUUGUUUUUCUGAACACUUGCAACAGAGACUUCUUUCGCAGCCAAAGUGUGAAAAAAAUAAAUACCGCUUUCUUUGGC